AAAGCUUGUGUGCGAGCUAGCGAGCGAGAUCACGAGCCCCAGAGCCCAAUCUCUCUGGAUUACAUCGGCACACAAUAGAGCUGAACGACGCGCGACGCGGGAUCGAUCCAGCAGCGCUAGAGACCACCUCUACAAAAUGGCAGAGCGCUGCAGCGCGCCGAGCGACGGCGACGGCGACGACACCAAUGCCCAGCGCGCGAAGCGACGACGCGCGGCGCCCAAUCCGUCGACGCAAGCCAUCGACGCCGCCGACCUGCGGCUGCUGGAGAGUCUCUUCGCGCGCGACGUCGACAGCGUUCCCUCGGAUGAUGACACCCCCCGGAUGGAGCUGCGCGACUUCCGGUUUUUGGCCAGAGGGCACAAGGGCGUCGUCUACGUAGCGAAUUAUUCGUGUGCGGGCCGCACCGGCCGCGUCGCGAUCAAGGUUUGCAGGGGAGGCGGGGCGAGGCAGGAGGAGCGGUGGCUGCGCAGGUGCAACGAACUGGGCAUCGGCGCCUCGUUAGUAUCUUACGAAUGGAAAGAUUGCGUGGCCAUGGAGUACGUCGAGGGCCCGAGCAUCGGCGAGGCGCUGGACGGCGCCGUGCCUCCGGGCGUCCUCUUCAAAGCCCUGCGGGACUUGCUCGGCCAGUGCGCGCGGCUCGAUCAACAGGGAAUAGACAAGCGGGAGAUGAACCGCUGCCAGAAGCACGUCAUCGUCUCGCGAGAAGGCCGGAGCACGCUCCUCGACUUCGAGCGGUGCCAGGAGUCGGCCAAGCCCUCGAACGUGACGGGCCUCGCGCAGUACCUCACCCAAGCCUGGGCCGUGGGCAAGCUGCGCGGCGCCGGCGCGUCCGUCGAUGUCGACGCCGUGCGCGCGGCCUGCAAGUCGCACAAGAAGGCGCCUUCGCCGAAAACCGUGGCAGCCGUCGAAAGGGCUCUAGGCAUCAAGGCGGCGCCGUGGCGCAGCGAGACGGACCCGGCGACGGGCCGGACGGUCUUUACGAACGGGCUCGAGAGGCGCGACACCUGGCCCAGGCCGCCGCCGUCGCCGCCCCAGACCGCCACGUCCCCCGCUGGUCGACGGCGAUGGCUUCGUCCUCCCGAGCAUGGAGCAGGUUGAGAAGUGGCAGGGAGAAUGGGAGGAGGAAUGCGCGUGCCAGGG